ACGUAGUGCGCAGGCGACGGAACAGCGCGCGAAGGAUGCUGUAAACGUUGUCGCGCGGGUGACCGCAGGUGCUAGAAGGUUCUUUUUUCCUGGAAACGCUUGCAUCAGUAGCGUUACACGCUUUGCUUUCGUUGCGCGCGUAGGAACAGUAACUUCACUUGCAACUCUUGCUACACUAAGCCGCGUACGUUUGAACCGGUUAAGCCGGUCGCCGUUCUAUUUUCCUCCCCCGUUGCGGUGUGCCGCGCGCCAGCAGUCGUGAGCGUUCCGGGCGGGGCUGCCGGAGGCACGCCGCGGUGUCAGCGGGUCUCUCACGUUGGUUCAGGUCUGGCCGCCUGGAGCAAGGCCUGGAGCAAGGCCAGGACACCAGGUGCUGUUGGUGGGAGUGUUGCCUGCCGGUUAGUUGCAACCGGGAGCCUCCUCUACAGCUCUGCCUGGCUCUACCUGCGUGCCCAUUGGGCUAACGCACCUCUGCACCUUGCGCUGCGCCGCUCCUGCACCGGCGCUGCAUUCGGCUCUGUCCGUGCAGCGGCCUUCGGGGACGCACGGGAAGCCGCCACAGCGCAGAGCCGGAUGACUCCAUGGCCCUUGAUGGGAGCGUGCGACCGUGGCCUUCGGUAGUGCUCGAGGACGCAGCCGACGCGUGGGCAUUGCAGCUUUGCUUGUGGACAGCACGGCAUGGACGUACGGUAACGGUUGCAGUCGGCGCCAAGCGAUGCGAUGGGACACGGAGUUGUGCCGGUUGUGCGGUUGGGCCUUGCCACCGUGUGCUGCGCGUUGUCCGAUGCAGCCAAGGGAGCGGCGACAGCUGGCGGACUCGGCGCCUGGCACCCAGCAGCAGCAGCAGCAGCAGCAGCAGCCGGCUUCUCCGCCACACCAGGAGCCGCGGCUGCCGCGGCCGCCGGCCAGAGGGCCGGAGGGCCGGAGGGCCGGACCGGGCCAGCCCCGCGGUCGCUGCCGCUGUCGCUCUCUGCGGCCGGCAGCAGUGACUCGGGUCGGAUCGUGACUACGCCUAGGGGCUCUCGGCCUCGGAGGUGUCGCGCCUGCUCUCUGGCACUGAGGAGCCGCCACCGCAGGGCACGGGGCCCUCACAGCCCCCGCAGGCCCUCACAUAUAGGGGCUGUGACAGUGCCUUCUUGCUGGCCGGCAUCACCACAUUCACCAGCUAGCUGAUUGAUGCGUUGGCUGCAGCCGGCACGGGGCCGCCAGAGGGUCUCUUGGAUGUCCGCACCUUGUAAGUUGUAGUGUGA